UUUGCAGCUCCAGUCUCUGACAUCAGGAUCCAUCAGGAUGGAAACAGGAUCACCUGCAGCUCAGAGGGGAUCUACCCUCAACCUGAACUCACCUGGUCCACUGAGCCUCCAUCCAACACGACUCUGAAUGAAACAACCAGGAUCCAGAAAACUGAAGAUCAGCUUUAUGACAUCAGCAGCUCUCUGACGGGUCCAGAUGGUCCAGAUCUGAACUACAGCUGCAGCAUCAGAACCAGGAGGAACCAGAGGAGAGCAACGUUCAGGGAACUAUCUGCCAGUGUUCGGGGCGGCGUUUCAACGAUCCCCUGCUCGGCUCCAAACUCCUCCCUCCAGAACUUCUCUGUCAGCUGGAGGUUCAACCACAGCCAGGUCAUCGACACCCAGGCAGCCGGCUCCGCCUUCACGGCUUCAGACGGGUGGAGGAAACGGGUGGAGGGCGUCUCGGCGUCCGGCAGCCUCGCGCUGCGCGGCCUGUCCUCCAAUCAGGACGGAGUUUACAGCUGUGAGCUCAGCGAUGAAGAGCAGACGCUCAUCACCAACAUCCUGCUGAAAACACAGGAAGGAGGUCACAGCGGGGUCACAGUAAUCGUCUCCUGUCUGCUGACAAUCAUCCUGUUAGCUGCGCUGCUCAUAGCCUCCCUGAUGGUCUAUAAAAAGAACCACCAGAACCUCCAGAUGGAGACGCUGCAAAAUGCCAGCAGACGACAUGAGGUUCACACAGCAGUUUAAAAGCGAAGCGUCACCACAGAAGAAGAAGCUUCUCUGCAGAACGGCUUCAUCAAACUGAACUAAACCGCUUCAGUUAAAACACCAUCAAAAGAGCUGAAUUUUAUUUUUGCCUUUAGUCAUGAACAACUGUUAUUUUCCUUUUCUUAAUAAAAAAUAUGAAUUUAGUUUUAAAACUUCUGAGUUUUGCUCAGAAGUUUGAUCACAGAAAUUUACUCCGGUGUGAUUUUAUUUUAUUUAUCUGCAGUGACCUUAGAGCUGCUCUCCAACUUUCCUAAAGGUUUUCUUUGCACUAAUUCAAUGUUACCAUGAAACUAAAACUUUCUGUUGUUAAACUAUGAUGUCACCAUAUUAACGAUAACGUUUGUAUUUGUGCGGCUUUAAUCUGUUUCUAAAUGCAAACAGAAAUAUGUUCAAUGUUCUUCAUGAGUUUUUGUAGUUUUAUAAAAUAUAUUUUUACUCACUUUGUUUGCUGAUGUUUCCUGAGAAUAGCAACAUUUACUCAAAUGUUGCCAAACCAGAAAUUGUCUGUCGGUUUUAAAGACAUUAGAAUAAACCAAACUGCUGCUGAGUUCAUGUGGCUUUUUACUGACUCAGCAGGAUCAGUGAAUUAUUUCUACCCAACAGCUCUCUGCUCUUUGGAAAACUAAAAUAGUCAUUGAUAAUAUUGAAUUAUGUAUGGAUUGUAUGGAUGUUUUAUGCAUUUCUCAUUCAGUUGUAUAUUUAUGAUGUUUUGCCUAUAGAUGGAAAUGUUCAAUAAUAUUCAUUAAAAUGGGACAAUAGAAGGUUUUUGGUCUUUUGUUGUAGUACUCGA